AUGGCCCUGCACAAACUCUGCUCGGUGCUGGAAGUGUUGCUUGUAACAAUCCUGGUAGUGGAAGGCAUUGCCGUUGCACAGAAGACACAAGGUGGGCAAAAUAUUGGAGUGAAUCGCAUUCCUCCCACCCAGUGUGACAACUGGGUCCGGACCAGUAAUGGGGGACAUUUUGCUUCACCAAACUACCCAAACAUGUACCCACCCAAUCAAGAGUGCAUCUAUAUCUUAGAAGCUGCUCCACGACAAAGAAUUGAGUUGACCUUUGAUGAGCCCUAUUACAUAGAACCCUCAUUUGAAUGUCGGUUUGAUCACCUGGAGGUUCGAGAUGGACCUUUUGGAUUCUCCCCUCUCAUUAAUCGUUACUGUGGUCUGAAAAGUCCUUCACUAAUUAGAUCAACAGGGAGAUUUAUGUGGAUCAAGUUUAUUUCUGAUGAGGAGCUGGAAGGAAAGGGAUUUCAAGCAAAGUACUCAUUUAUACCAGAUCCUGACUUCACUUACCUAGGAGGCAUUUUAAAUCCCAUCCCAGACUGCCAGUUUGAGCUUUCAGGAGCUGAUGGAAUAGUACGUUCCAGUCAAGUAGAACAAGAAGGAAAAACAAAACCAGGACAAGCAGUUGACUGUAUCUGGACAAUUAAAGCCACUCCAAAUGCUAAGAUCUAUAUGCGAUUUCUGGACUAUCAGAUGGAGCAUUCCAAUGAAUGCAAAAGGAACUUUGUUGCUGUGUAUGAUGGGAGCAGUUCCAUUGAAAACCUGAAGGCCAAGUUCUGCAGCACGGUGGCCAACGAUGUCACGCUGCAGACGGGGACAGGCGUGGUGAGGAUGUGGGCAGAUGAAGGCAGCAGACUGAGCAGGUUCAGAAUGCUCUUCACCUCCUUUGUGGAUCCUCCCUGCUCAGGCAACACUUACUUCUGCCAUAGCAACAUGUGCAUCAAUAAUUCUUUAGUCUGCAAUGGCAUUCAGAACUGUGCAUACCCUUGGGAUGAGAAUCACUGCAGAGAAAAGAAAAAAACUGGAUUGUUUGAACAAAUCACCAAAACCCAUGGGACAAUCAUUGGCAUCACAACAGGGAUAGUUUUAGUUCUUCUCAUCAUUUCAAUUCUAGUGCAAGUAAAACAACCUCGCAAAAAGGUUAUGGCUUGCAAGACUGCCUUCAAUAAAACUGGUUUCCAGGAAGUUUUUGAUCCUCCUCACUAUGAACUGUUCUCACUAAGGGACAAAGAAAUUUCUGCAGAUUUGGCAGAUUUAUCAGAGGAACUUGAAAACUAUCAGAAACUGCGCCGCCCAUCAACAGCUUCCAGAUGCAUUCACGACCACCACUGUGGCUCCCAGGCCUCCAAUAUCAAACAGAGCAGGACCAACCUGAGCUCCAUGGAACUGCCCUUCUGCAAUGACUUUGCACAGCCCCAGCCCAUGAAAACAUUUAACAGCACAUUCAAGAAAAGCACUUACACUUUCAAGCAAGCUCAUGACUGCCCUGAGCAGGUGAUAGAAGACAGGGUGAUGGAGGAGAUUCCAUGUGAAAUUUAUGUCAGAGGAAGGGAAGAUACAGCACAAGGUUCAUUAUCUAUUGACUUUUAA